AUGGAUUUUGGAUUUGAGUAAUCCACAAUGUUAUCUAUAUCAUUAUUUGGUGAUUCUUAAUUCUGGUUAAAAUAUCAAUUUGAAAACUUGUCAAUCUCAUGUUUAGAGAUAUUAUAAGUUUAAUUCUUUUUAUUUCAUAAUAUGAAUGAAUUUAUUUGCAUUCAAAGUUUAGAUAAAAUAAUUCACCAAAGAUAACCAAAAAUAUAGAAUUCGUAUACACCUAAAAGUUUACUAACUCCAAACACUUCUUCAAAAUAAAAAUUAAGAGGACUAAGUCCAACAAAUAAACUACACUCCACAGAUAAAUACUAUUUAUUUAAAAACGGCACUAAAUGCUAUUAAAAUGAGAUUAAAAGGGAUGUAUAAUAGAAGAAAAUGAAUCCACUAACAUCAAAGUAAUAGAUCAAUAGAACUGAGAUUGUAAAAGAAGAUAAUACAUUCAGUGAUAGAUUACUGAUAACCAGUUUUGAAAAUUUUGUUAAUGAAACUGAUCAAAAAUUAUAAAAAUUAUGUCAUUGGAUGAGUAAAUCACCUCACACUAUUUAAAAUCCACAACCUAUAUUAGUUGGAAACGAAGAACAAGUAGAAAGUUAUGAAUAGAAAAUCAUUAAAACUAAAAAAAUUUUAUAAGAAAAGAGAUAAUAACUAAAAUUUGCUAAGUAGUAAUAUGAAUCUAAUAAAAAAUUAUUGGAACAAUUAAAAUAUGAGUUAGAUCAACUUAAUGAAGAUUAGAAAAUUCUUGAAAUCAGUACUAAUAAUAGAUCUUUAAAAGAUGAAAUAGUUUAUAAUAGACAGAGUAUCAUCAAACACAAAUAAAUACUUUAAAAGGUAAAUGAGUUCAUCACUAAAGAGCUGAAGGAAUAAUUAUUGAGUUAGGAUUGCUAAUUUGGAGAGUAUGUUAAUAAAUUCAACAACAUUUAUAUGUAAAUGCAAAUAACAUUAGAUAAAUAAAUCUGA